AUGUCAAUCCACUACAACACAACAACCAUAUUUUUAAGUAUGUCCAAACAUUCACUGAAACAUUUAAAAACUCAGCUUGAGCAGUUGGAAGAGUUGAGCUCUCAGCUACAAAAUGGCUUAAGUGAUUUCGUUAAAGAGAUCACACAAAAAGCAUCUGAAUGUCUAGACAACACUUCUGACACCAAUGUGACGGUCAAAGACGCGAUGGUUAUGAUAACAACAGCACACAGUGCGAUACUUGAACACAUGGACUUGUUGACGGAAGCCAACAAACGGUAUCCUUCUAUUGUAACCAAUGAAGAAAACACAGUUUCAGAAAGCGUGAAAGUAAAAUCAAUCAAAGAUGAAAUAAACUCAGUGGCCCCUAAUUCUGAAAUAAUCCGACGACUGGAGGCUAUUGAGGCAACACUGUCAUCCCUUCAAGUAUUACAAAAGAAGUCUGAACACGACAUAACAGAAAUAAACCAAUGGCGGGGCACCUUUAUGGAAGAACAAACUGGCUGCUGGUCACAGAUUGAACAGUUAUCGAGGAAACAAAAACAGAAUAACAAAAACCUUAAAAAAGAAUUACAGUUACAAACAAAAGUUUGUACAGAUGACUUAGCCAAAAAAAUGGAUAAUCUUUCUGACUUGAUUACUGAUUUACAAGAAGAUGAAAAGAAAGCAUUGGCUAAUACAGAAAAACAACUUCAAAAUUUUAGUUCAAAGCAUGGCGUAGUGUGCAGCCUGCUACAACAGAGAUUUUCUCCCAUCUACAAGUUAAUGCAAGUAUUUAAUAACAAUUCGGUGAUACAAGCACAAAAUGUAAACAAGAUUGACAGUUUGCAAAAUGAUGUUUUAAAGUUGACGAAAGACGUCCAAGAAAUCGCCAAUCACCCAGCUGUGUAUUCUACAUUGGGUUUUAUCGCAUCAGAUGGACAUGUUGGUGACGAUUUUAACAUCGAGUUUAAAAAUGUUCAAAGCAACUUUGGCAACCAUUUUAAUCCCAAACUUGCAAGAUUUACUGCCCCUGCUGAAGGUCUGUAUAUAGUACGUCUGACAAUAAAAUCAAUGGAAGGUCUGGCUAUUUCAGCUGGUCUUUGGCAUGUAUGUGACAUUAUGGAUGAUUGGUCAUAUAGGCUUCUUCAUGUUGUUGAGACAGAAUAUAAUGAUGUUGAGACUUCAAAAACAUUUGUGGUUUCGUUGGAACCUGGGAAUAUUUUAUAUUUAGGUUCCGGUUACGAUUGCUGUUUGUGUACACAUUAUUCGAUUUUCUUCUUGGCAACGAAUUUCUCAAACUGGCAAAAUGUAAAUGGAAAUCUAGAUAGUAUUAGUAUCUAGUUUU